AUGGCCCUAUAUGAACUGCCCCAUUCCCCAUUAGAGAGAGAGAGAGCGAAUAAAUCAAACCCUAGAAACCGAUCUUCCUCUUAAGUAAACAAAUCACUUCUGGAUUUAGAAAUUCUCAGAUCCCGAUCGAUCGCUACCUACAAUGGAGAGGAUCAACAACCGAAGCUCCAAUCCCAGCUCUCGCGUCCCCAACGAAACCAGCAUGGCAAAAACACUGAGAGAAAUCAUCCACGAUGAGCACGAAGAGACCGAGAUGCCCGUGAAGCUAUCGCUAAUGGCGCUACUGGCGGACGAGGACGAAUUGGAAGGAGAACAAGAACAAGAACAAGAAGGGAAGGAAGGAAAUUUAUUGGAAAACGACGGGGAAUUUGCGUCUGUGUGCUGCGUCUGUAAGGUAAGGAAUAAAGGCGCGGCCUUUAUCCCCUGCGGCCAUACAUUCUGUCGUCUCUGUUCAAGGGAGCUUUGGGUGAGUAGAGGAAAUUGCCCUCUCUGCAAUGGCUUCAUUCUUGAUAUCCUCGAUAUCUUCUGAUCUGGUCUUCUGCUUCGUGGAUCAUUUUGGACCGUUGUGAUGAUGAUGAACGGUGAUUUAAUUGGCUUC